AGGAAAAUGGCUGCCCUCCACCGAUUCCACAAUCGGACAGGGGCUUUAGUUUCGUUAAGUAAUGAUAAUAGGACUGCGCAACGGAAUCACCCUACACAAGAAUUCAAUAAUGGUGUUGUUCUUAGCUCAGUGCCACUGACAGAUGAACAAGUUCUUGAAGUUAAAAUUGAUAAAAAGGUGAAUUCUUGGAGUGGGUCUAUAGAGAUUGGAGUAACUACAUGCGACCCUGACAAUCUUAACUUCCCUAUCAGUGCCACAGGAUUUCGGGAUGGAACUUGGGUUAUGUCGGGGAGCUCGGUACUGAAGGAUGGACACUCAAUGAUAGAAGAAUAUGGGUGCGACCUUGACCAAUUGUCCGAGGGUGAUGUUGUUGGUGUUAUGAGGUCCUCGAAUGGAGAACUUCAUUUUUUCGUAAAUGGUAUAGAUCAGGGCACUGCUGCUACAGAUAUCCCAGCUGGUGUUUAUGCUGUUAUUGACAUGUAUGGCAAAUGUGCCCAGGUAUCCAUUAUAGAAUCUACAGAUAACAGAGUCAGUGUUGCAGCACCAAAUUCAACCCCAAGUGAGGUAGCCCAUCAGCUUGCCAAUGAAUUUCUUGCCCAGUUGUCCAGCCAGAUUGUCAAUGACCUGACACGUACAACAGAAGCUCUUACACUAGCUGGAGAUGCCUUGCAUUCUAAUGAGCGUCUCACGUUUCACGAGCGAUGUGGCAGUCUUGUGAAGCUGAGCAAUGGCAGAAGAACGGGAGAGAGGCGGAGACCUCUAGAUGAGUUUAAUAAUGGAGUUGUCAUGACAAAUAGACCUCUAAAAGAUGAUGAAUUAUUUGAGAUCCGUCUUGAUCGGUUGGUAGACAAAUGGUCAGGCUCAAUAGAGGUUGGAAUCACGACACACAAUCCCAGUGCAAUAGACUUUCCUGCUACCAUGACCAAUAUGAGAUCUGGAACUAUAAUGAUGAGUGGCUGUGGUAUAUUGACCAAUGGUAAAGGUACAAGGAGAGAAUAUGGACAGUAUAAUCUAGAUGCUCUAGCGGAAGGAGACAGGAUAGGGUUGAUUCGGAAAAGUAACGGAAGUCUUCAUUACUUUAUCAAUGGUGUAGACCAAGGUAUGGCUUCUAAUACAUGUCCACCAACUGUGUGGGGUGUGGUUGACUUGUACGGUAUGGCAGUGAAAGUGACCAUUCUUGAUCGGAAUGAUCCAAACUAUCAUCACAUGGUAAACAGUCGGCGGCCAGAGCGACAGAGGGUACCUAGACAGUUUACCGAUCCAUUUGAUGAAGAUAACAGUGCAGAUGAUGAGGUAGAGAGGUUAUGUUUCCAUACACGUUGUGGUACACAUGCUAGUGUUGUGAACAGUGGGAGGACUGCUCAUAGACCAAAUGCUCUGGAUGAUUUCAACAACGGAGUAGUACUGACGAACAGACAUGUCAGACCUAAUGAAAUAUUUGAAGUGUGUAUUGAUAAAAUGGUUGACAAGUGGGCGGGGUCAAUAGAGAUCGGGCUGACAUUGCAUUCUCCAGAGAACCUUGAGUUUCCAUCGACAAUGACAAAUAUAAGAUCGGGAACCUGGAUGAUGACUGGAAAUGGGGUGAUGUAUAAUGGUACCACAGUGAUGGAUGAUUAUGGACAGAAUUUAGACAGGCUAAAGCAUGAUUGUAUUUUAUAUGUGAUAGGCCCGGUGAUAGAUUUGGUGUUGAAAGGAAGGAGACAGGCACUAUUUCCGGCAGCAACUCGGCGAUUAUUAAUGGCGGCCGCAUGCUGUACGUCCCAGCGCCACGGAGAGUUUAAUGAUGCUAUUGUGAUGAGUAACCGUUCCCCUGAGAGAUAA